AUGAAUGAUCGACAAUUGGCCGACAUUCCCUUGGUGUGUCCUAGCCACAGCCCCAACCCCAGCCACAGCCACAGCCCCAACCCCAGCCACAGCCACAGCCCCAACCCCAGCCACAGCCACAGCCCCAAGCAGCCACAGCCACAGCCCCAACCCCAGCCACAGCCACAGCCCCAACCCCAGCCACAGCCACAGCUAGCCAGCCACAGCCACAGCCACAGCCCCAGCCCAGCCACAGCCCCAGCCACAGCCCCAACCCCAGCCACAGCCACAGCCCCAACCCCAGCCACAGCCACAGCCCCAACCCCAGCCACAGCCACAGCCCCAACCCCAGCCACAGCCACAGCCCCAACCCCAGCCACAGCCUACAACAAUUACCAUAGUCACCAUCCGUCGAGGUGUUCAGCCUCUGUAACAGUGUUCCGCCUCUGUAACAGUGUUCAGCCUCUGUAA